ACUGCGUUAGUAUAUAAAGAGUGCGGAUGGUAGACAAUCGACAUUAUUUUCAUUUUACAACCAGUAAAUGAUACAUACAGUUCACAGUAUCUAAUUAAAUUGAAUUAAUAGUUAUAUUAUAGAAAUGAAUAUAUCACAGAAGUCAGUAGUUUCAAUAUUAAUUUUCACAUUAUUCAGUUUUACAUUCAUUCAACCAGGAAAUGCCGCAAGAAUAUUAGCUAUAGAGACGUUUGCAGGGAAGAGUCAUUGGAAUUUUAUGAGUGCUGUGCUUCGAGCAUUGACAGACAAUGGACACAAUGUUACAGCAUUUACACCAUUUCUUGACGGAAAUCGAGAAAAUUAUACAGAAAUAGAUAUGUCUAGUAUGUUUGAGAUAAAAAUUGGAAUGGAUGUAGUGAAAAAGAGACAACAAUUCAACAAUCAGCUUAUGUCUACUUCAUAUAUGAUGAAAUUAGGCAGACAAAAUUGCGAAAUAUUAAAUAAAAACGAUCAACUAAACAACAUUCUGGCAAAUAAAUUGCAAACUGAUUUCGAUGCAAUUAUCAUUGAACCUGGAAUAAUUUCUCGUUGCUUGUCAUAUAUUGGAAAAAACUCAACCCUGCCAGUGAUACACACGAGUCCAAUUCCAAUAAAUACUUAUACGGAACGUAUCACUUAUGGUGAUAUCCAUAACCCUGCAACGGUAUCAACAAUGUUGUUUCAAUUCGCUAUUCCCAAGACGUUCUUUCAACGGUUAACUAAUACACUUGUUUUUUUGUAUACCAGUACAGUAAUCAGAUUUCAAGAAUUCUUACUUCAAGUAAUCGAAUCAAAACCUUACGAUUUAAACAUAAUAAAUCCCCCAUCAUUGGUUUUUACGAACACUCAUUUCAUAAGCGACAAACCUAGACCAACCCCGUCAAAUGCUGUUCAUGUCGGUGGAAUUCAUUUAAAACCAUCUAAAAAAAUACCUCAGGAUAUAUUGGAUUUUAUUGAAGACUCUCCACAUGGAGUCAUUUUAUUCACAUUUGGUUCAACUAUCGCAGUGAAUUCACUCCCAAGAAAUAUUUUAACUGCAUUUAAAGAAGCAAUAGCUGAGCUUCCACAAAAAGUUUUAUUAAAAUACGAGGGAGAAAUGGAAGAUAAACCAAAAAAUGUCAUGACGAUAAAAUGGUUGCCUCAACGUGAUGUUCUUCUGCAUAAAAACAUUAAACUCUUUGUCAGUCACGGUGGAAUAUCUGGAUUGUACGAAGCAGUAGAUGCUGGAGUACCAGUAUUAGGAUUUCCAUUAUUCGGUGAUCAGCAUAGAAACAUUGACAAUUUAGUCGAGUCAGGCAUGGCAGUAUCAAUGGAAUUAUUUUCAAUAACUAAAGACACUUUUUUAAAAAAUGUAUUGGAUCUUGUUAACAACGACAAAUAUACACGUAACGCAAAAGUUGCUUUAGAAAUAUUUAAAGACCGACCAAUGUCACCGGAAAAGUCUGUUGUUUACUGGACAGAAUAUGUUAUUCGUCACAAAGGAGCAGAACACCUUAAAUCUCAAGCACUUAAUUUAACGUGGUACCAAUACUUUUUAUUGGAUGUAAUCGCUUUAGUUAUCUUAUUUAUUUGUAUUGUUGUGUUAAUUGUUUUUAAAUUCCUUAAAUUUAUUCGCAAAAUUUACACGAAGAUAUAUUCAUCAUACACUAAAUUAAAAUCUGAUUAAUAUAUUUACCAACCCCGAGAGGUGCUCAAACAGAAAUUUUGAAAUUUACGAUGGAAAUUUUUAUUUAUACAUAGUUAGGCACUUAGUCAUGAUUGUUUCCAUGGCAACAGACAAAUGACAGAAAGACAGAUUAUAUUAUUAUUGAAACUAAUAGCAACUAUCUAUAAACGAAAAUUACCAUAGGUAGUAAAUCUCAAAAUGUUUGUCAAUUUUAUGCUCUUUUUACCCUUUAACAUGCGAAUUUUGAAAAAUCCUAUACAUAGUAAGUAAUAAGUACAUUUGCUGAAAAUUUCAAAUAAAUCGGUUCAGUAGUUUGGCUGUACGUUGAUUCCACCUAUCAUUUAUAUAAAACGAUAUAUUAAUUUUGAUAAUGCUUUUAUGUAAAAUAUAUAAUAUACAUUAAAGUAUAAGUAAAGAAAAAUAAGGACACUUUUAUUUGUUUAAAAAAUAUAUUUCAUAAUUAUUAUUGUACAUAGCAUGUGUUCUUCUCUUGUAAAUAUGUACCUAUAUGAAAUUUACAUCAUUUAACUUAAAAAUAUGUAUAAAAAAAUUUAAAAAAAAUUAUUUU